AUGAGUAAUAGCACCACCUAUCAGAACGCCACUUCUCUAAUAAUUUGCUUAUUAUUUGGUGUGGAGCUGGAAAAGAAUAUUUACUUUCACACAACAUUGGCUGUACUUGGAAUUGUACUGGCUAUCUUAACAAUAACCUUCAAUGCAAUAUUUUUAUUGGUUAUCUUCAGGUUCAUAAAUGACCUAUCCAUACCAGAUACGUUAUACGCUAUGUUAGCAGUAAGUGAUAUUCUCACUGGAGUUAUUGUAAUGCCAUCCUUUUCAGCUUUUUGGAUUCACGCUCUACUUUCCCAUAGCGACUGUAUGCUGGUAAAUUUCAUGAAUGUAAUGGUACAAAUUCUGGGAAUAGCAUCUGUUUCAAUGAUUGCUUUGAUCACGUUAGACAUUUUCGUUGCCAUUGUGUAUCCAUUCUUGCACAUUUUGUACUUCACAAAGAAGUUUUUCUACAUGAUGUUUGGAUUUAUUUGGACGCUGGCUAUCAUAUGUCCAGUUGCUUUUGUCAUUAUUUCAGCUAAAGAUUGGUACGUUUAUCAAAACAUAUCAGGUGGAAUAAUCAUUACUGUGUUCCUGGCUCUCCUUGUCAUGCAUUUAAAAUUGCAUCGUGUGCUGAAUAAUCUGCAAUGUCAAAUCACGCAUGUCAAUAACGAUCAAAAAGAGAAUCUCAGAGCAAAAAAAAAGGCAUCAAAGCUGGCCACUUCAAUUUUAGUCACCCUGUUGAUUUGUUGUGCACCAAGUUUGGUCUAUUUCCUACUUACAGCUAUUAAAGGGAAUACAGUUUUUACAUCCAGCUAUCUCUUUCAAGCCUCUGAAGUUUGGUUUUUUCUGAAUCCCUUGUUAGAUCCAUUUGUAUAUUAUUUCCGCUUAAAACGAAUAAGAAAGGAUGUGCUUAAAAUGUUUUCUGGAAGAAAUACAGGAAGUUCAAUAUGAAAGCGUUGACGAAAACAUGAAGUUACAGAUAACAUCCGACAAUGCACAUUCCCGACGGUUUUAUUUAACGAUUGAAUGGAUGCUAAAAGUCGUGCGGUGCAGAUGGUGUUUUUUUGGUUUUUUCAUUACAAUUUAUUAAUUAACUACACUAGGAAAUGCGUAAGAACAUUUUAUUAUUACAUUUCCUCUGCACUGAAAGGAAACCUCUCCAUUCGUUUUAUUGAUUAAUUUGUCGAUAACUUUGGAAAAAAACAAUUUGAUUUGUUGCUGUAUUGCUUACGUAUGGUAAUAGCCAAUGCGUUGAUGCUUGCUUACGUAUGGUAACAGCCAUUCACAAGCGAAACAUUGCCCUCCAUAGUUUGGAAAUAACUUCCUUUUGCUAGAUACUUUACCGUUUUUAAACCAAGGAAUAUGUAGCUCUACGACCCUUUUUGCAAUGGAAUUUUCGAUACAUGUAAUUUCCUAUUCGGGCGAAUCCUGAAUAUAAAAAUAGAGGAAAGUUCAGCUGUUUAGCUUAUGUAUACCGUCUGGACAUAUUUUAAAUUUGAUGGUAUUUUUCGAAUUUUUUAUAACCAAACCCAUUCCAAAAAUUAUAUUUAAACCGAGUUCAGAAUACACCAUUUGGUCCGGGUGCAGAGGAUUUUAAUGCGAUAUGAUUUUAAUAAACAGAUACUUUUGCUUAACUAUUGGAUGUAGAUAACGUACACGUUUAAUUAUAAGGAAUACUUUUAUAUGGA